UCCUGUCAUUUUUUCUGUAGCUGCUCUUCAACUUCCUUAUUUGCCUGUGAGUACCGUUUCCUCUUUCGUUAGCUACAUGACUCUACUUCUGCGCACAGAUCCGGAUAAGUUUUCUCUGUUAAUCUGAGGCCAGGUGUUACAAAUCGGCACUUUACAGUAAGUAAUGUGAAAGAAGUGUGUCGCUGGGAUUAGGUUUCAGUUUUUGAAACUUGUGGACAGGUUGAAUCAGUGGAGCCGUGCGGCGAGGCUUUAGCACAACUGCUUUAAUGCAGCCCCUCACGGUAAGCGUGUGAGGCACACGGAAGCGUCAGCGUGAAACAGCGUCGGUCAUGGGUGUCUUCAUGUAGUAGAAGGGUGUGUGCUGAGCGUGCGAUGUCGGGAGACACCAGCACCCUGUCCUGGAGGAGCGUGUCUUCCACCAGCCGGUCGAAUUCGUUGGAUAUGCCGUCUCCCACGGCAACCGCUCCCGGGGACGGCAUCCUCCCGGUGAAGAUUAUAAAAGUGUGUUUCCUUAGCAACAGCUCCAACUUGGGCAAGAACUUCAAAUUGAUCCGCUGCGAGGAGGAAUGGACUGUUAAGACCGUCAUCAACAUGGUGCUGUCCAGCGGCUGCGUGGGUCCAGACAUAAAACACAACCUCUGCUACGCCCUCCUCCUCAAACACCUCAAGUCCGCCGAGAUGCACUGGCUGCACCCGGACCUGACGGUGUCCGAACUCACCCAGCGCUACGAGCAGCAGCACCUCGAGGCUGAGUGGAGAUACGACCUGAGGAUAAGAUACAUCCCGCCGGAUUUCAUGGAGAAACUGAAGGACGACAGAACCACGAUGCUUUACUUCUACCUGCAGAUACGAAGCGAUUACAUGCAGCAGUACGCCGCCAAAGUCAGCGACGGGAUGGCUCUGCAGCUGGGUUGUCUGGAAAUAAGGAGAUUCUACAAAGACAUGAAUCCGAACGGGCUGGAGAAAAAGUCCAACUUCGAGUUACUGGAGAAGGACGUUGGUCUUGAUCUGUUCUUUCCCAAAGAGCUCAUCGACAGCAUGAAGCCCAAGCAGCUACGCCGGCUGAUCCAGCAGACGUUUCAGGGCUACUCGACUCUGAAGCAGGACGAGUGCAUGCUCAGGUUCUUCACCACUCUGGCUCAGUGCUACACCUACACGCAGGAGCGGUUCGCCUGCAAGCUAGUGCACAGCUGGAACCUAACAAUAGACUUGGUGAUCGGCCCUGACGGCAUCAGCCAGCAAACUGAGAACUCGAAGCCCAUCUGUCUGGCCACCUUCUCUCAGGUCCGCAGCAUCUCCUGCUCUGCAGAAAGCGACGGCCAAGCUCUGCUCACCGUGCACAUAGAAGGAGCCAAACUGCCGCUCUCAGUCAACACCUCCUCCUUGGCCGUGGCAGAAAACAUGGCCGACCUGAUCGACGGCUACUGUCGACUGCUGGUCAAAGCUGAGCGUUCGCUCAUCAUCAGGGCCAGCAAAGGUAGAGACCAGAAGCUGAAGCUUCCCGACAUCCCGAAAAGUGGUGGUUCCAAGCCUCGUGACAGAGGAAUGAGUUCAGAUAUUUAUGCCGAGAUUCCAGAAGACGGAGCAGACCCUGGUGGUUCAGAUAAGCACAUGAUCUCCCGGAAGGACGUCGUCGUGGGUCGGAUCCUGGGCGAGGGCUUCUUCGGAGAGGUUAACGAGGGCGUUUAUAAAAGCCCGACAGGUGAGAGGGUUCGUGUCGCCAUCAAAACAUGCAAGGACAGCUCAGCUGACGUGAAAGAGAAGUUUCUCAGUGAAGCCAGCUUGAUGAAAAAUCUGGAUCACCCCCACAUCGUGCGUCUGGUCGGAGUCAUCGAGGCCGAUCCCGUCUGGAUCGUCAUGGAGCUCUACGAACACGGAGAGCUGGGGAACUAUCUCAUUGAGCAGCAGCACAUCCUGACGACAGUGACGUUAAUCCUGUACUGUGUGCAAAUCUGCAAAGCCUUGGCUUACCUGGAAGGUCUCAAUAUGGUGCACAGAGAUAUAGCCGUUAGGAAUGUUUUGGUGGCAUCCCCCACGUGCGUCAAGCUUGGAGACUUCGGCCUGUCUCGCUACAUUGAUGAACACGAUGAGUAUUAUAAAGCCUCUGUUACUAGAUUACCGAUCAAAUGGAUGGCGCCGGAAUCCAUCAACUUCAGACGCUUCACCACGUCCAGUGAUGUCUGGAUGUUUGGUGUGUGUGUGUGGGAGGUCUUCUCAAUGGCCCAGCAGCCGUUCUUCUGGAUGGAGAACGGGCAGGUGAUCAACCAGCUGGAGUCCGGAGUCCGUCUCCACAAACCAGAGCUCUGCCCGCCAACCAUCUACUCCCUCCUCACCCGCUGCUGGGCCUACGAGCCGCAAGCCCGCCCCACCUUCGUCCAGCUGGUGUGCUCCCUCAGCGAGAUCCACAGGAUGGAGCAGGAUCAGGAGCAGGAUAUGAGGCGGGACAGGUCACGCUCCAUCCCGUCGCUAAUUGAUCCAAUCCAGGCGGAGCCUCCACCCAAACCAUCCAGAUUAGGCAACACUCUACCUCGGGCUACACAUAUAAAGCCGCGAGACCCGGACAACCGGCCGCCAUGGGAGAAAGAGAGGAUGGAGGAAACUUUGCAAAGGCAAAGGAGAGAGAUGUUGAUGGAUAAGCAGUGGCUGGAGAAAGAGGAGAGACAACUGGACCCCGUUGUGCGACAGGAUUCACAACCCAAGUUGAAGCUUCCAGAAAAGAAACAUGAAAAUGAUCCUCCAGAGAAACCGCCAAUGCCUCCCUCAGUCACAAAGCCUCGACCCACUGCGGAGCUGGACCGAUCAGGUGAUGACGUUUACACGGGCGUCAUGGCGAUGGUGAAGCAGGUGGUCCAGCUGAAGAACGAUAUCAACACACUCCCGGCCUCAGAGUAUCCCAACGCUGUCAAGGCAGUGGGCAUCAAUCUACGUAGCCUGAUCCAAAGCGUCGAUGAGAUCCUGCCCUCCCUGCACAGCUCCGUCUCCACAGAGAUCGAGGGCACUAAGAAACUGCUGAACAAGGAUUUGGGGGAGCUGAUCAACAAGAUGAGGCUGGCCCAGCAGAACUCCAUAACCUCGCUGAAGGAGGAGUGCCAGCGGCAGAUGCUGGCAGCCGCUCACACGCUGGCGCUCGACUCCAAGAACCUGUUGGACGCCGUGGAUCAGGCUCGGGUCAGAGCCAACCUGGCCAAGCCCAAACCGGACUCGCAAGAGGUGGAAGAUUCAGUCGAGUGAUUGCUGUCGAUCAAAUGUGUUGAGUUAUGAGGGCGCGAGUUUGCCCUGGAAGGACAUUGCUGUAGGAUUCAAAUGAAAGAAAUCAUAAUAUAUUUGUAGAUGUGAUUGAGCCAUGAUAAAGGGAACUUAGGGAAACUGUGUUUCUUCUGUUUUCUUUUUGUUUGUUUUUUUACUAUUAAAGACUGAUAGAUGCACCCCCUGUGUUGUUUUUCACCGGCCUGAAGCGAAACAGAAAGAAAUACAUUCUAUUUACGGUGUAAAAGCUCUGAUGAAACUUCUCAGAAGUUGGCACGACAGCACGUGCAUUUGACCCUCAGGUUGCCGCUUUUCGCCAAUCUUGCACUGUUGGCGAUGACCCUGUAACAUAACACAAAAACACUGACGUCCAAGCAAGAUGUGAAAGGAAGAGCGUUGGCAGCAAACGCUCAUUUAAUUCUGUUUUUUGGGAAUAUCUGUCAUCUGUCAAUGUAUCUGUCUAGCAUUUAUGCGGACAUCUUUGGUAUUUGUUUGUGUUUCUUCUUAAAGAGUCCUGCCAAGGAUAACAUUUUUAAGUGAACAUAUACCUCACAGUUCUUCAAGAACAUAUGGGAGUUCUGUCAAAAUAAAUACCCAAUUACCUCGGGUGAGUUAUGCAAUGAAGUUAUGCAAAGAAAACAUCACUUUGAUAACAAUCGAAGUAAAGUAGACAGUUUUUCCUGUGUCUUGUGAGAGUUCCUUGUAUUUACCUGAUCUGCCCUUGCUUUCAUUUCUUUGUUUCGUUAAAUGCAUUAAAGUUACACUUUAUUUCAUACAUGUAAAAAUAAAAAAUAGCAAAAUAAAGAAACAUCGAUAUAA